CGUUGAGUUCCACUCAACGUUUGCACUAUACACUGAAAGGAAUGGCUGCUCCUCUCAUCGGAGCUCCACCGCUUUUACGCUUUCACCAGCCUCAUUUUCAAGUCGCCACUCGUUUACUAACUCAUCGGUCCAGGUGCUGCGCCAUCGAUUUAACUCGACCAGACAAGGCUUCCUCCUCUGCUUACCAAACAGCAGCAGCAGCAGCACUAAGCGCUAAAGACCCACCCAAGUACCUGAGACGGGACGACCCGGAGUUCGGAAAAUGGAAACAGAAAGAAGCGGAAAUACUCAAAGACAUCGAGCCAAUUAUUUAUCUAACCAAAGAAAUCCUACACUCAAAUAGAUAUAUAGAUGGAGAACGUCUUUCAGCAGAGGACGAGAAAGUUGUGGUAGAUAAGCUUCUUGCUCAUCAUCCUCAUUCUGAAGAUAAGAUUGGAUGUGGACUAGAUUCAAUUAUGGUCGAUCGACAUCCCCAGUUCAGACAUUCGAGGUGCCUUUUUGUUGUGAGAACUGAUGGUGGAUGGAUAGACUUUUCCUACCAGAAGUGCAUUCGAGCAUACAUCCGAGUUAAGUACCCUUCUCAUGCAGAAAGAUUUAUAAAAGAACAUUUUAAACGCGGUAGUGGCUGACUUUUCUGAGAUUGUUACUCUCAAUGUUAACAUUGAAGUUUGGCCACGAAUUUUACAUCACCAGAGCAUCUUGAUCGAUAUUAUAUGAUAUUAAAGAUGGAUAUGAUUCAUGUUUAUACCAAUUCAGUGGCCCACAUCUUUCACCGUGACACCAUUUUUCAACGUAGUAGAUAUUAGUUGACUAGCAGCAUUUCAUAUUUAUUUUGAGACAAAGAAAUGAGUGAAUUACAAUCUGCUUCUUGAGUUCUCUUUUA